UAUUUGCGUUGAGGUUGUGUAGUUUCGUUUUCAGCCACUAAUACCUUUCUGCUUCUUUUCUGGGCGUCAACAACUUCUGUGCUUAUGAAUCAAGCCUCGUAUCUCGGUAAGCCUUUGACGAGAUACUCGUCUGAUACUCGGGAUGGGCUGUACCUUAUGAUCCGUGGCUGGUGAAGAUGUAAAUGAUACUCCGGGCUCCCGCACUUCCCCGUGUUUCAAUACGUUAUUGCCUUAUGAUCUUUGUGUCGACUUUGUCCGCCAUCACUUAUAAUGAAAUGAAUCCCUUUAUGCCGAUUCUGAUGAACCCGCUAUCUCUGCUCUCAAUUAGAAGGUAUGGCGACUUGAUGAGUGAGAACGCGCCUAAAAGAUAUAGCUAUCUCCACCAUCAAGUAUCUAGCCACAAGUACAGAACGCAACGUUAGGAGAUUCUCCAUCUCUCAGGUACGAGAAGUG